GUUCAGGUGUCCUGGUCCAGGUGUGUUCCAGUGUGCUUUGACUGGACUGGUGUUUGGUAUGACUCAGGAGGCGGAGCUGCUGUACCGGACUGUCCAAUGGGAUGAGAGCCUCCUCCAAUCAGCCGGCAAGACGGCUGCAGGGCUGCUGUUCAGUAUCAAGUGUCCUGAGGAGGCUGUCUGUCAGCUCCACCUGCCGCACUGUGAAACAAAGGACGCUCUGCUGCCUGACGGUCUGCUGUCUGUCGUCCACAUCACUGAUGAUGGAAUGAGCAUCCUCGAGCCGCUGGAGAUUACAGACACUCAUGUGGUUGUCAAAGUCCCUCACCUGUCUGCCUUCGGCCUAGUCUGGACUUAUGUUAAGAGGUUGUGGACGACACCAGUUCGUGGCCAAGUUCUGCUGUUCCUCGGACCACCAAACCCAAGAACACAGAGGCAAAAACUGAAUGUGUUUCUCUUGCCGAGCAACAUCCACCUGGACGAG